UGAACGGACUGGCAUGGCAUGGCCUUGUGAUCAUCUGGGUUUCUGCGUUUGCCAAUUGCGGCUCGGCCUUCUGGCAUAAACGCAAUCAUGUCGCUAGAUCAUUCUCUACCAGUGCAAGGCCACCUGUUUGAUAUUCCCACUGACUUUCACAAUGAUCCCACUGUGCACGCAAGCCCUGACCACACCAUCUGUCUGUGGGACGUUGGCGGGGGCAUACCAUGCGGCGCGUGCAUCAGCGUCUUGGAUCUUUCAAAACACGUACGCAUGCAUGGAGUGAAAGGGCCUGGGGAUUUGGAGAUACAGUGUACAUGGGAUGGCUGCGCAAGAUCCCCCAUGAAACGGGAAAGCAUCGUUCGGCACAUCGAGGAAGUGCAUGUACAGGUCAAAUACCGGUGCAGCCAGUGUUGGGCUUCUUUCUCUCGCAAACAUACGCUUAGAUCCCAUAUCUUCAAGGCUCAUUCGCACAUAUCCUAGUACAUUUGCCUGGUUCGUUGCACAUUCAUUUCUGUAAAUAUCUUCUAUACCUUAGUUGUUGUAACAUCCUUGCUCUGGAUAUUCUACCAUUCCUAUUAAUCCGUAAUAUAUUCUAUUUAGAUUUGUAGAAUCGUACCCAUCUACUUGCAUCCUAUCUUCAUAAUGUUUGAUGUGCC